ACACACACACACACACACACACACACACAGAGGACCCUGGCCCGAGGUCUCCGCAGACACACCGUUUGGUCACCAUGGGGAACCAGCACGCGACGCUGGACGACAUCCUGGCCGAGGACAUGCACCACUGGUACAACAAGUUCAUGAAGGAGUCUCCGUCUGGCCUGAUCACGCUGUUUGAGCUCAAGGCCAUCCUGGACCUGCAGGGCAUGAACGAGGACGCCAACGCCUACGUUGACCAGGUCUUCUUCACCUUCGACAUGGACGGGGAUGGCUACAUAGACUUUGUGGAGUACAUCGCUGCCGUCAGCUUGAUGCUGAAGGGGGAGAUCAACCAGAAGCUCAAGUGGUACUUUAAGCUCUUCGACCAAGACGGGAACGGCAAGAUCGACAAAGACGAAUUGGAGACAAUAUUUACUGCCAUUCAAGACAUCACCCGAAACCGUGAUGUCAUUCCUGAGGAAAUAGUGACCCUUAUAUUUGAAAAGAUUGAUGUCAAUGGAGAAGGCGAGUUGACGUUGGAGGAGUUUAUUCAAGGGGCAAAGGAGCACCCGGACAUCAUGGAGAUGAUGAAGAACCUCAUGGACCUGACCCCUGUUCUACUCAUCAUCGUCGAAGCCCGGCAGUUGAAAAAUAAAUAAGUGACCAGCAGGCGCGGGUGUGCUGGGCAGAACCGUGAACUAACCCAGAACUCUCUCAACUAGAAGAAUCUUCCCUUUAUUGAACGCACCCAACAACUACAUGAAAAACAUAAACAUACUUACUGACCAGCUAUGAAUCUGUGGACAUGGACUGUGGACAUGGACUGUGGACUGAGUCUCUUCGCACCCAGAGAAUGACACAGAACUCCAUCCCAUCACUCAUCUGUAGAAACACCC